UGUUUACUUUUGGGCCGGUGACAAGUAACUACCAUUAGCUAAGUUUCCAGGUGAGGGAAGAGCUAACCACGGAGACCAUGGAAGCCGCUAAUUGUUCACUGAGGGUUAACAGACUGUUACUAGAUCCAAAGUUCGAGAGCUACAAGCUGUCCCUGGACCCACUGCCCUGUUACACCGUGGAGCUGGAUGCUGCUGUAGCAGAAGUAAAGCUUCGAGAUGACCAGUAUACCCUGGAUCACAUGCGUGCGUUUGGCAUGUACAACUAUCUCCACUGUAAUCCGUGGUCCCCAGAUAGCGUGUUCUACAUAGAUCAGCUCGGAAGGGUUAUGAACUUCUCCGUUACCCUGGACACUGCCUUGGGAAAACCUACAGAGGUCUUCAGGUUUCCUAGUGAUUUGAGUGCCUUUGAUGAUCGAUUGUGUUCUUCUCUGCAUUUUGCCUCUGAGACGUGGGUGACGCUUUCUGAUGGAACGGGGACAUUGUAUAUCAUACAGAUUGGAAAACAUGGGGACUCUGCAACUGGAAGAUGGGAAAUCAUGUUUAAUCAGGAUCUUGGAGGUCGCUUUGUGGUGGUCCACAGCAUCUCCUACAUUCAGGAUGACGUGAACGUUAUUGACGUCCUUCUGCUUUCUGUUGAGAAAGAUGACGCUGACAGCGAAGGAAGUGGUUUCUAUGUUUCCCUGGACUGGAUUUCUGUUUCACAGGGAAAAAGUGGAGGGGACAAUAAAUAUGAAAUAUUAAGGCGUAGAAAGCUUCGUGGAAAGUCUGUUCCUCAUUAUGCAGCUAUUGAACCAGGUGGAACUGGUCUGAUGAUUAUCUCUUACAAGCCCUUCAAAUUCAUUGUGGACCAGGAAAAUCAACUCGAAGGGUCUGAAGAAGAGAAAAUGGAAGAAGAUGACAAAAAAGAACCACUUUAUCACUGGCAGCAGACCGGCGAUGAUGUGACCCUCACCUUCCAGCUCCCUGAAGGUUUGAACAAAGAAGAUAUCAAGGUUGCUUUUUCUUCGGAUCAUAUUACUAUCUGUUUAAAAGAGGACACGUUUCUGAAAGGACAACUCUACUCCAUUAUUGACCAUGACGGCAGUGUUUGGAUUAUAAAGGAUAACCGGAGCGUAGAGGUGACACUGCUGAAGCGGGAUGCGGGAUGUAUGUGGCCAGAAGUAAUUGUAGGCGAUAAACAAGGAGAAUAUGUUGCCGAUCCUGCACAAUGUGCCGCCAUAGCUGAGCAGCUAAUGCAUCUAACAUCGGAUGAAAUGAAUCCAAAUCCAGAUGUGGAUAAACCUCCCUGUAAUGCCCAGGAAUUGGAGGAAUGUGACAUGCUCUUUGAUGACAGCACUAGUCUGUAUAGACUGGAUGGCGACAGCUUCAAGGCUACUCAUGUGGUGAAUCUUGGAAGCAAUCAAUACCUGUUCUCAGUGGUAGCCACACCUGAACUUAUGCCCUGCUUCUCCUUGAGACACGAUGUAGAUGCCCUGUUGUGGCAGCCGGUUUCUGCGCAGGACAGUAAUCUGUGGGAACACGCAGCAACUUUCAACGCCCUUGGAUAUGUUCAAGCUUCAAAGCGAGAUAAGAAGUUUUUCACAUGCGCGGCGGAUCACUCUUAUGCAGCUCUCUGUGAAUGCGUACGCAGAAUAUUCAUCUAUCGUCAGCCGACUCCAGUAGCCACCGUACUGUAUAACAGGAAGGAGGGAAGACAUGUAGGCCAGGUUGCUAAGCAACAAGUUGCAAGUCUGGAAACCACUGACCCCAUCUUGGGCUUUCAGGCUUCCAACGAAAGGUUAUUUGCUCUAACCACCAAGAAACUGUUUGUUCUACGAGUAAAUACCGUUUAAUUAGCUUAAACCUGAAAGGAAGUGGUUAGUGCCAAUAUUCACUGCUUAUUAGCCUUUGAUGUCCGGCGUGAUUACAGAUGUAUGUUCAAUUUUUUUUAAAAAAAAGAUAUUCUACUUGUAUGCUAAUAAAAUAUAGACCAAA